GGAAGGAGGUGAUGGAGCAGAGAGUAGGAGGAGGAAGAGGAGGAAAAGGAGGAAGAGGAGGGUUGCAGUGAAGCGACCAGCAGCGGGUCUGGCGGUGAUGAUGAUGGUGAUGAUGAUGGUGGGGAUGUGAGUCAGAAGGCGGAGGAUCCGGGAUGCUUACAGACGCUCCGAACCAACCGAACCCUGCAGACACACACAGAGCCUAGAGGAGAAGAACCCCGCAGGAUCCGGCGGUGACACGCACGCGUACAGGCGAUUGUUCUGGUGAGUCAGCAGGACUUCAGCUCCCAGGAUGCCUGAGCAGAGCAACGACUACCGGGUGGUGGUGUUCGGAGCAGGCGGGGUGGGGAAGAGUUCACUCGUCCUUCGGUUUGUUAAAGGCACCUUCAGGGACACCUACAUCCCCACGGUGGAGGACACCUACAGACAGGUGAUCAGCUGUGACAAGAGUGUCUGCACGCUGCAGAUCACUGACACGACAGGAAGUCACCAAUUCCCUGCCAUGCAACGGCUCUCCAUCUCCAAAGGUCACGCCUUCAUCCUGGUCUACUCCAUCACCAGCCGCCAGUCCCUGGAGGAGCUCAAGCCCAUCUACCAACAGAUUCUGGCCAUCAAAGGGAGCGUGGAGUCCAUUCCCAUCAUGCUCGUGGGCAACAAGAGCGACGAGAUGGCCCAGCGCGAGGUGGAGGCCAAGGUGGGCGAGGCUCAGGCCACUUCCUGGAAGUGCGCCUUCAUGGAGACGUCGGCGAAGACAAACAGCAACGUGAAGGAGCUGUUCCAGGAGCUGCUGGCGCUGGAGAAGAAGCGGGACAUGAGCCUGAGCAUCGACGGGAAGCGCUCAGGGAAACAGAAACGAGCCGACAAGCUGAAGGGGAAGUGCAGCGUCAUGUAGGACGAGGGAGGCGCUGGCAGUCCGCCUCUCUGCUCCAGACGAACUAAACGCCUGGAACAUUCACACCGGGCCUGGACUGUACAUAUGAGCUCCAUUGACAACAACAGGAAAUCUGGACCUUCAGGACUCACAGUGCUGACAUUUCUGUUGCUUCUAAACGUUCCUGGACCUGGAAAUACUUUUUUAACAAUCUGGUGUUUUCCUUUCCUUCUGACCGUAACGGCAGAGUCAGCAUGCACCUCAACAUGAAGGCCGGCGCUGCUCAUUACUGACCAUUUAUACGCUUUUAUCUCUUCUCUGGCUGCGGGAAUCUGGGAGGAAGUCUGGGAAUUCUGAUGCAACACAUUAAUAACCGUUUCAGGGACCAGAGGCUGGAGGUUGGAAGGCCAAAGGUCACCUGUUGGCAGAAAGGCCCGGUAGUAUCUAUAACGUGUUUUUGUUGGUGUGGAACUGGGAAAAGUGUCAUUGCAGUCAUCAGAGAUUUACACAUUUCUGUUUCAUUAUUUUUUUCGUUUUUGAGAUUGGACCUGCUGGUUCUGAUGUUCUCUCAGAACUUUAACACCUGAAUAAAACAGGUGUAUCGCCUGAUCAACGUGGUUUCAAGUUCUGCAAAUCCUUGCUAAGGAACUGAUAAUCUGAUCCGGCUUUGCUGAAGCAGAGAUGGACCUAAAAGUUCAGGAAUAGUUCUCAAGGAUUGGAGUUCCAGUCCUCAAGUGGUGGGCACAGCUAUAGCCGCUAAUGCGCUAAUAGCAGAGCUACUUCUUUCGUUUAGUGUUUGAAAACAUCUAGCACACUUAGCUUCCCCUAAUUUUAUUUUUCCAGAAGAAUGAAUUUACUUGGCUGUUUUGUAAACUUUCAUUUGAAUAAAGUUCAACAUCUGUGUUGGAAGUUUUGGUUAUCUACUCUUAA